CUGGUGGGAUGGGAACACCUGCUUGCUAUGAAUGCUGUUUUCCUUGCCACGACUUUCCAAACCCUAGUCUCUGGGAGUGACUGGACUGGACAGGACUGGAGAGGAACACAUCAUAUCGUUUAUAAUCUCCACGGCACACCGGAGGGCCUUUUCUCUAAUCGCCCGUUUUCCUCUGGCCUUAGGCGCAAGACAUUCUCCCCCGUCCCUUAGCGCUCACUAGCCGUCGCCGCGCCAGCCGCUGUCGAACCGUCGUUGGUGGUUGCGGCCCGAUCCCCAGCAGCGGCGUUUGUCCGAAGCGAGAGGGCGAGCUGUGGGAUCUCGCCAUGGGAGCAGCCAGCAGCUCCGUGGACGCCGCGGGGAUGGUGGGCGAGGAGCGGCGGCUGCACGAAGGGGAGGAGAAAGGGGAGGAUGGGGCGGAAGGGGAGGGGGAGGAGGGGGAGGACGACAUGGGCGCGCUGUGGCGGCAGUUGAGCCGGUCGGUGCGCAUGCGGGUGUCGCGCGGCGACGGGCCCAACCACUGCGAUCGCCUGGCGGAUGAACAGCUGGUGGACGUGCUGUCUCGCCUCGGCGCACUUGACCUCACGCGCGCGGCCCUCGCCUGCCGCCGCUUCAACCGGCUGUGCCGCCAGGUGCGCGUGAUUGAAAGCGCGGGCGAGAGCGCUGCGGAGGUGGCGCGGCUGCUGCGCGUGCUGCCGGGCAUCCUGGGCACGGCGUCCGUGGUGCGCCUCGUCAGCCCCGACAGCGAGGACGACGCCGCUGCUGAGAUCCGCGCCAUCCGUGCGUAUGGCUUCCGAUGCGCGCCCGCUGCUGCUGCUGCUGCUGGCAGUGCGGACAGCUGCAGCAGCGGUAGCAGGGUUGGCAGUGGCGGUGCUGACAGCGAGGGAAGCAUCGGUGCUGCAUCUCCAGCAUCAGCAGCAGCAGCAACAGCAGGGCGUGGGUCUGCUGUGGUAGAUAGGGGCGACAGAAACAGGAGUGCAGGAUACGUGCGAGUGGGGGGUGAAUCUGAUGCAGCAGCCACAGGGGUGUUUGCAGCGGACACGGAUGAGGCAGGCACGGCAGCAGCAGCAGCAGCUUCUCCCUCAUCCCCCCCACAGGCGCACGAGCAAGGAAGCGGGCAGGAGGCGGGGCAGGCAGGGGAGGGCAGGGCAGCGUACGUGUGGGGGGGCUCGGAGCUGUCGUGGGAGAACCUGCCGUGCCGGCACGCAAAGAGCGUGGGCAUGUUCCUCUGCCCGUCGCUCACGGCGCUCACCCUGGGCGUGGUGCACGUGCGGCGCCACAGCCUGCCCACCAUGGCCGUGCUGCACCUGCUGCCCGACACGUGCCCGCGCCUGCGCACGCUGCACGUGAGGGCGGGUCCUGCACGGCUGUGGGAUGAUGAUGAUGAUGAUGAUGAUGAUGAUGGGGAUGGGGAUGGGGAUGGGGAUGUUGACGCUGACGCUGACGCUGACGCUGAUGCUGACGCUGAUGCUGAUGCUGACGCUGACGCUGACGCUGACGCUGAUGCUGAUGCUGAUGCUGAUGCUGAUGCUGAUGGUGAGGAUGGCGAGGAUUCUAGUUUGAGUGGCGGAGAGGGCGGGGAGGAAGACGAGGGGGAGGAUUUCGCAGUGGCGUUGGGGCAGGAGGGUGAGAGGGUGGAAGGGGGGGGCGAGGGCGAGGUUGCAGAGGGGGGUGGGGAGGGGAGGGGAGAGGGGGAGGAGGGGGAGGGGGAGGAGGAAGAGGAGGAGGGUAUGACGGUCGCUGCUAGUCUGGGGUCAGUCGGUGACAGAGAUGGGGAGGGAGGAGAGGAAGGAGGAGAGGAGGGAGGAGGAGAGGAUGAGGCGGAUGGCAUGAGGCAGCAUUUGGGGCACAGCAGGAGAGGGCGCACGAGAGGUUGGAGGCAGCAGCAAUGGAAAGACAUCAGGAGCAGCAGGAGGAGCAGGAGGAGCAGGAGGAGCAGGAGGAGCAGCAGGAGCAGGAGGGUUAUUCAAGGGCGGUGGACGUGGAUGAGGGCUGUGGUUGGGGUUCAGGUCACAGUGCGGCGUGGACGUUGCUGCGUGCUCUGGCGCCCGAGGCUGCAGCACACGCGCAGCCCGGUGUGCUUGUGACGGGGGGCACGCCCGUGCAGCAGCACA